UGGCGACGGUUACCCCCCCCCCCGGCCGCCAUGGCCCUGACGGCCGAGACCGAGUCCCGGUUGUACCGCUCGCUGCGCGCCGCCGCCGGCGCCGCCGCUCACCUCGUGGCGCUGGGCUUCCCCACCGCCGUAGCCGUGCUGGCGCGGCCCGGAUCCAGCCUCUUCUCCUGGCACCCGCUGCUCAUGGCCCUCGCGUUCUCGUUCCUGAUGACGGAAGCCCUGCUGAUAUUCUCCCCGGAGACCUCGCUGCUCCGCUCCUUUUCCCGCAAAGUCAAAGUGCGGGUGCACUGGGCCCUCCAGCUGCUCGCCCUCCUCUGCGCCCUCCUGGGGCUGGGCAUCAUCACCUACAACAAGCACCUGAACGGCAAAGCCCACUUCGUCACCUGGCACGGCCUGACGGGGCUGCUGACCGUGCUGUACGCCGGCGGGCAGUGCAUGGGGGGCGUGCUCCUGCUGUACCCCAAGCUGAUGAAGAACUGGACGCUGGCCAAGCUCAAGCUGUACCACGCGACCUCGGGGCUGGUGGGCUACCUGCUGGGCUGUGCCAGCCUGAUGCUGGGCAUGUGCUCCCUGUGGUUCACCACCUCAGUGACCAGCGUCUCCUGGUACCUCGCCAUGCUGUGUCCACUUCUCACUAGCCUGGUUAUCAUGAACCAGGUGAGCAACGCUUACCUGUACCGCAAGCGGAGCCAGCACUGAGGGCUUGGAGCAGAUCUGAACUUCCCCUGCGCGAGCCAGCGAGGCUGGGGCUCCCCCUCGCAGCCCCCUGUGGGGGUCCCCUGCUCGCAUAGGGCCUCCUUGGAACUUGAUUUCUACCUACUUGUCUCUCAUUAGUCAUGGAUUGCCUGUAGUGUCUUGUCCCCGGGGAGCAGCUACGAUGCGCAUGACACCGAGCGGGCAGGAGCUACCCACCUCAUGCCUGCCUCGGUGGGGAUGCUUCCCAGCACAGGUAAUGCUGCUGGUCCCCGCGGCAGCUUGGUGCUCAGCGCUGGGAACCGGAGCGUUCACUCAGGAUUCCUGCUCCUUUUCCCUUCCCUUCCCACCCAGGGCUGAUUUGGAGAAGGCAGGACAGGAGCUGUCACAUUCCUGGUGAGAAGGGCAGGGAGUCCCCGCUCACCCAGGAGGCUGCAGCGGGCACCGCACUGCCUCUCGUGCUGCGAAGGCAGCUUGGCCAGUAAAAGCACAGGGCACGGUUGUGGCUUCAGCCACAGGAGGGCUGAAGGGGGGUGGCCGCACCCAGUGUCCAUCCCCAGGCAUGGCCCUGCGCAGGGAUCCGGGAACUCCCCGGGACAGGUACAGUCAGCCCUGCCCGAGAGCUGCGGAUCCGGGCACCUAUCGCCACGCACAAAUCCUUCCCGCAGGCUGGGGGACAGCGAAGCUUCAGCCUGGCAGGAGGUGUGUGUGUGGGGGUCAUUUUACAGAGCAAAUUACUGAGGUGAGAUGCAAGCUGGCAGCCUGCGAAGGCAUUUUGUCCCUCUGAGGGGCACAGGGAACAGCGUGAGCAUGGUGGGAGCAGGGCUUGGGACAAGCCCUCGAGCCAGCCUGUGAAACGGCUCUCGGGAAGGCAGAAAGCAAACUCCUUGCCUCUCACCUUGCCAGCACAACAGCCUUCCCUCCAGCCCACCCGCCACCGGGGCAGCCAGGCGCUGUGAGGCUCCGUCUGCCACAGCAGCCCCACGGCUCCUCGGCACGUAUCCUGCUCUCGGCAGGACCGGAGAGCUGGGACCGGCUCCUGGGCUGGGGAAUUCCUCUGUAUCCAGAGCUUUUAUUCAAUAAAGAAUUCAGGCAGC